CGAACACAUCGAGAAGCUGAACCACAGCAAGACCACAGAAACCCAAAUAUUCAAAUUAACAUACCCAUUGAAAUUCUUUGGCUGAAAAAAAAACACUCUCUUUGGAUUUGUGAAAGAGAUGCAGUUCCAGUGAAAAAUGUGCACAAAAUACACGAUCUAAUUGUUGCAAAUCAUAAAAGACAACUUAAUAUUAGCCAGUGAGAAUAUUUAAAUUUAAAAACAUACAAGGACAAAAAACAUAAAGAUGACGAAUGCCAAGUGUUGUGAAAAGUGCGCAGGGAGAUGGAUCCUGGUCCUGGUGGUGGUCCUAGCAUCGCUGUCCGGCGACUCGCAGGCCUCGCCCUUCGAUCCCUCCUUCUUUCCCGAGGGCGUGCAGUCGGUGGUGGUGAAUCCCUUCAAUCGCACCAUCCUGAACCGCUUCAACCUGACCGAGGAGCAGAUCCUGAGCAUCCAGAAUCGGAGCAAUCCAAACAUGAGAAACGACACCAGCACGGUGACCAACCAACAGCACCUGCAGCGGGCCACCGAGCGGCUCAACGACAUCAUCAAGCGCGUCCACAAGGCAAUCUCAAACGAGGCCCUGCCCAAGGAGAAGGCCGGGUUUCCCAUCUGUACUGGCGAGACCACAAGUCCGGCGGAGUGGCAGAAUGCCAGCAACUUGACCCUCUACUUCGCCCAGAGUGUCUUCACACCCUCCAAUGACUAUGACCGCCUGAACAGUGCCCUGCUGCGCCUGUAUAAGACCAAUCCCGGCCAGAACCGCGAACAGUUUUCCGGCCAGGGUCUAGUGCAGCCGGUGAGCACGGAACAGCCAGCCAGCCCGACGCCUCUGUGCGCAGAACCAGUGGGUCCCCAAAUCCGGGUUACCGUUUCCAUUGUCCACCAGCAGAAAAAGAAAUUGCGUAAGAAGCGCACCUGCAACACCGUCAUGAUGAGCAGCACCUCCACCGGCUGGGUGGAGAUUGACGUCAAGUGCGCUCUCGCCUACUGGGAGCAGCAGAACCGCCAGGACGAGCAUCGCCAGGAUCAGCUGCGCCAGCCACAUCCCCGCCAGCAGCAGAACGCCGUUAUCGGAAUGCUGGUGAUCGAAGUGCACGACGACGAGGAGAAUCCGCUAAGACCGGGCCUCUACUUCGCGCCGCCCACUUGCGAUCAGGCAGCAGCCGCUAUCCCUUGGAACACUUACGGAACAGAAUCGCUUAGCACUUAUUUGGCGGGUCGGACAGUGCCAAGAAAACCUAGGCUAGACCUUAAGUUCAACGGCAGCAACUCCCUGAAGAGGCUCUGCAACUCACCCAAAUUACCAUCGAGCAGAGCAGCGGUCACUGGCAUCGAAUCAACCACAUCAAACUCACUAACCAUUGACAACCAGCUGCUGGACGAGACCAGCGAAACGGAUAGGAGCCAUCACGAGGUCAAGGUCGAGGACGACAUCGAGGCGGAGGCUGCUGCCGAGGCCGAUCUGCUGUCCUCGGCGAGCAAUAGCGAGCAGGAGAUGGAGCCCAUCUCCAAUCACCAUCGGCGUCGGACAGGCCACCAUCAUCGUCACCACCAUCAUCCGCACGAGCUGCAGCAGCAUCAUCACCAUCAGCGUCACCACCACAAGCACCACAUUAUUCCGCACCAGCAAGAGUAGACGAUCCUUGAUCCCCAAAACUCUCUUUCCAUCUCUCAUUCUCAUCCCUCUUUUUAAAACCAUUUCUUGUUUUAUAUUGUUUAACUUAAGGGCCAAUCGACUUAAUUAGUUUUUAGUUCAGCGGUUCCCUCCGCCGCAUAACCUUAUUUAAAUUAUAUAUUUUACGAUUUAGAUUAAGCAAUACUUUCAUCGAAAUUUGUAAUAAUUUUUAAAAUCUCUCUCUUAUAUUAGAAGCCUGUGAUUUAGAUGUGGUUGAAUUCGCACACACAUUUUUAUUUUUUGUUUUUUUUUUAAUUAAAAAAAAAAAAGUGGAAAAACCCGGAAAACAUUUAUAUACGAAUUUAAAUAAUACUUAAGAUUAUUGCCAGGGCCAUGUGCUGGCACCAGGCAAUAAACCAAAAUUAAUCAAUGCCUUAUCGAAACAUUACAAUCCCAGACUUCUGCACAAUCCACUCGAAAGCCGGCGGCAGCCCAAGGACGAGCCAGCCGAGUCAAGGCUAUUCGAUUCUUGGCGAAGUUGCUAAAAGCAUUUUUCUUAAAGUUUUGCUAUAUACAUAAGUCACUAGGUUAAACGUGCCUUCCUAAGAGCAGCUCUAAAUCUCAAAUUCCCCUCUGUAGUAACCCGAAGAUUUAUGUUUUCGUUUUUAAGAUCAUCGAACGCGCACAAUUUCAUCGAGUACUCCAUACCAUACCCUCACCAUACACACACAAUCCUAACUAAGUGCAUUUGUAAAUCGAUUGCGAGUAUGAAUAACAUAUACAGAAUAAAAAUAUGAUUAAAA